AUGUGCUCCCAUAGUCAAUCUAACUCUCAGGGCAGAGAAGUGUUGCCCACAAAUGUUACUCCAUUGCAUUAUGACUUAACAUUGGAGCCAAACUUUGACACCUUCAAAUUCAAUGGUCAAGAAACCAUUGAUUUCCAAGUCAAUGAAAAUACCGAUUUUAUUACAUUGAACUCGUUGGAGAUUGAGGUUCAAGAGGCCAAGCUCGAUGAAGUUCCUAUCAAGGACAUCUCGUAUGACACCGACAAACAAACUGUCACUUUCAAGUUGCCAGACCACUUGGUCAAGGACUCACAAGCUCAAUUACAUUUGAAGUUUGUUGGUGAGUUAAAUGACAAAAUGGCUGGUUUCUACAGAUCAACUUACAAAGAAGAUGGUAAAACAAAGUAUUUGGCGACAACUCAAAUGGAACCAACAGAUUGCCGUAGAGCAUUUCCAUCGUAUGACGAACCAUCAGCUAAGGCUAAAUUCACCAUUUCAUUGAUUGCCGACGAAGGCUUGGUUUGUUUGUCAAAUAUGGAUGAGAAAGAGACCAAUUUGAUUGGCGAACACAAGAAAAAGGUAACUUUCAACACCACUCCAUUGAUGUCUACCUACCUCGUUGCUUUUAUCGUUGGUGAUUUGAAAUUUGUGGAAAACAACAACUACCGUGUGCCAAUCAAAGUUUAUGCUACCCCUGGAUCAGAACAUUUGGGUCAAUAUUCUGCAGACAUUGCUGCCAAAACGUUGGCUUUCUUUGAUAAAAAGUUUGACAUUCCAUACCCAUUGCCAAAGUGUGAUAUGGUUGCUAUCCACGAUUUCUCAGCCGGUGCUAUGGAAAAUUUUGGUUUAAUCACCUACAGAACCGUCGAUUUGUUGAUUGACCCUGAAGACACCAAUGUCAACACCAAACAAAGAGUGACGGAGGUUGUCAUGCACGAAUUGGCCCAUCAAUGGUUUGGUAAUUUGGUUACUAUGGACUUUUGGGAUGGUUUGUGGUUGAAUGAAGGAUUCGCCACUUGGAUGUCUUGGUACGCUUGUGAUUCCUUGUAUCCGGAUUGGAAAGUUUGGGAAUCUUAUGUAUCUGACUCUUUACAACAUGCUUUGACAUUGGAUGCUUUAAGAGCCUCCCACCCUAUUGAGGUUCCAGUUAAGAGAGCUGACGAGAUUAACCAGAUUUUUGAUGCAAUCUCAUACUCAAAGGGUUCAUCUUUGUUGAAGAUGAUUUCAAGAUGGUUGGGUGAAGAUGUAUUCAUCAAGGGUGUGUCGAAUUACUUGAAAAAACACAAGUGGGGCAAUACACAAACCUUGGAUUUAUGGAAAGCUUUGAGUGAAGCUUCCGGUAAGGAUGUGGUCAAGGUUAUGGAUAUUUGGACUAAAAACAUUGGUUUCCCAAUCGUCAAAGUAGAAGAAGAAGGUAACACCAUCAAGGUAUCGCAAAACCGUUUCCUUGCCACUGGUGACGUCAAGCCUGAGGAAGACAAAGUGUUGUACCCUGUAUUUUUGGGUUUGAAAACCAGUAAAGGUCUUGACGAGUCGUUGGUUUUGAAUGAUAGGUCCUCUACAUUUGAAUUGCCAACUGCUGACGACUUUUUCAAAAUUAAUGGCGACCAGGCUGGUAUCUAUCGUACCGCUUACGAACCAUCCAGAUGGAACAAGUUGGGUAAGGCUGGUGUUGAAGGAAAACUUUCGGUUGAAGAUCGUGUUGGUUUAGUGGCUGAUGCCGGUUCCUUGGCUUCCUCUGGGUUCAUCAAAACCUCAAGCUUGUUGGACUUGGUCAAGUCGUGGUCAAAUGAAUCCAACUAUGUUGUUUGGGACGAAAUCUUGACUAGAAUUGGAUCCAUUAAGGCAGCAUUGUUAUUUGAGGAUGAAUCCACCAAGAGUGCGUUGAAGAAAUUUACAAAAGACUUGAUUGGUAAAAAAUUGAAUGAAAUUGGAUGGGAGUUUACGGAUUCUGACUCAUUUGCCGACCAGCAAUUGAAGAGCUCAUUAUAUGCUUCUGCUGCAAACGCAGAUGAUCCGAAAGCGGUUGAAUUUGCCAAAGAUGCAUUUAAAAAGUUUGUUGGUGGUGAUAAAAAGGCCAUUCAUCCAAACUUGAGAGCCACCAUUUUCAACAUCAAUGCCAAAAACGGUGACGAAAAGACUUUUGAAGAGAUUUUCAACAUUUACAAAAACCCACAAUCAAUUGAGGAAAAAAUUGCUGCCUUGCGUGCUUUGGGUAGAUUUGAAAAGCCAGAAAUUUUGGACAAAGUUACUGGCUUGUUGUUGCAAACUGACGUCAUUAAGCAACAAGACAUUUACAUCCCAAUGCAAGGCAUGAGAGCUCAUGCUGGUGGUGUUGUCAAAUUAUGGGAGUGGUUGAAAGAAAACUGGGAUAAAGUUUACGAAUUAUUGCCUCCCGGGUUGUCCAUGUUGGGAUCAGUUGUGACUUUGGGUACUUCGGGAUUCACAAAGGAUGAACAAAAGAAGGAUGUCGAAAAAUUCUUUAGCGCAAAGGAUACCAAGGGGUACAACCAGGGAUUGGCUCAAUCUUUGGAUAUCAUUACCGCCAAGGGUAAAUGGGCUGAUCGUGACUCCAAGUUGAUUUUAGAGUGGCUUUCUUCAAACGGGUACAAUUGA